AGAGGAAGGUUUUCGGGUGUUGUGGUAUUAGAUCUAAUCUAUUCGACUGAAAGGUGCAGGAUUUCAUGGAUCUGAACAGAACUAUCUGGCAAUUUGAAGGUGAUGAUGCGCCUUUGGUACAGGUAGAACAUAAGGCUAAUACAACCACGGAUCUUCCCGUUGGUAAUAGUGUGGGCAUAGAAGAGGGGAAAUCCAUUAUGGUCGGGAGUGGAUUGGGUGAGCGUGUAUGUUCCAUCAAUUGCAUACAAAUUCCAGGAAACACCAAAGUAAUAGAUGUGGACACAGGAGGGGUAGACAAGAAAGAUGAUUUGAUGGUUCAUUCUCAAGAUAAGACGUCUUUCGUGUCUCUGCAUAAUAAGGGUUUUACUUACUCUAGAAGAGAUAAAUAUACAAGUACGGAAGUUCAAAAAUUAGAGAACAAAGAUAUAAACUCAAAAUUGGAGAGUGAAGAUGGUAUCUCAUUAGAGGAGCGAAGUAAUAUUUUUUGUGAUAUGAAGAAGGAUAUGAAUGAUGAAAAUCAUCUUCAACCUGCACUGGUUAGGAAAGAUGAGGGGCAAAGUGCAUUGUUAAAGAUCUCAAACAAUUCAUUGAUGUUUGGCAACACCCAUAGUGAUGAGGACUCCGGUACUGAGGAGGAACAGGAUAAUUUCUUCAAUGAACUUGAGAAGUUCCACAAGGAUAAUUCAAUCGAAUUCAGGCCCCCAAAGUUCUAUGGCAAAGGGUUGAAUUACCUUAAGUUGUGGAGAAAGGUGAAAAAAUUGGGUGGUUAUUCCAAGGUAUCAUCAAAAAGAAUGUGGCGUCAAGUGGGCGAGUCUUUUAAACCUCCAAAGACAUGCACAACUGUUUCGUGGUCCUUCCGUAAUUUCUAUGAGAAGGUACUCCUUAAAUAUGAGAAGCCAAACAAUGAAACAUGUAGGUUCAAGGACAUUCCAUCUACCUUGACAAAACAAAACGCUUCAAGAAAAGAGAUGAGUGAGACAAGUGUUCUUGGAAGAGUUAAAAGAGAGUCUGCAACUCUUGCUAUGCAAAGAUGGAGUCCUCAAAAAUCGAUGCGAAAUGUUUCACAAAAGAGGAAAACGGUGCCAACCAUUGAAGAUGAUAAAGAUGUACAACGCGGAGUUGAUAAUACACAAAGUAAACCAACAAUCAUCGAUAUGGGAUCUCGAGCUGAUUGGGUGAAGAUAAAUGUUUUUAUAACGAAAUAUCACUUUCAAGUAUAUGCAUUAGUUCCUGGCCUUCUACAUGAAGAGCUACUGGUUCUUUCUGAUCCCAUCGGUCGUUUAAUAAUUAAUGGAGAUCCUAGACAACUAGACAAUCCAUGGGGUCUUACUCGCUUCCAUAAGGUAAUUCAAUUGCCCUCUCGCAUUAACCCGGAGAAAACCUUGACAAAGCUUAGCGAAUAUGGGAAGUUAUAUGUUUGUGGUGAAUUUGAGAAGUCAUCAUCAUAAUGCACUCAAAGAUAAAACCACUAUGAUAUAGAAUCCUCCUCUGAAUUUGGAUUUGGAUCAUAUGAUUGUGAAUUGGGAUGAAACAUUUUGCGCCUCAUCGUUGUUAUACAUUAUGUAAACUAGUUUCUUGUGGUUUUAUUAUAUGGAUCAUAUAUAUUAUCUAAAGCAUGUUGCGUGUGGUUUUAGAAGUGUGUACGUUUAUAUGUUCAGAGAGACUAGCUCUAUAUU